GUAUUGAUUUUAGUGUUUUGUCAUGUCUGGCCGGGGGAAACAGGGCGGUAAGGUACGUGCCAAGGCGAAGACCCGCUCUUCGCGCGCCGGGCUCCAGUUCCCCGUGGGACGUGUGCACCGCCUGCUCCGCAAGGGCAACUACGCCGAGCGGGUCGGGGCCGGCGCGCCGGUGUACCUGGCGGCAGUGCUGGAGUACCUGACGGCCGAGAUCCUGGAGCUGGCGGGCAACGCGGCCCGCGACAAUAAGAAGACGCGUAUCAUCCCGCGUCACCUGCAGUUGGCCAUCCGCAACGACGAGGAGCUCAACAAGCUGCUGGGCAAAGUCACCAUCGCUCAGGGCGGCGUCCUGCCCAACAUCCAGGCUGUACUGCUGCCCAAGAAGACCGAGAGCCACCACAAGGCCAAGGGAAAAUUUCAAAAUCAAAGAUGGCGUCCGGCGGUCCUGGGACUGGCUCUGGUGGUGCUUGAGGUUAUCGCACCGUGA